AUGUGCUGAGCUGCUCUUAUCAGGUGGAGCAGAGGUGAAUGUGCGGAUGAGAGAUUCCAGACUGACCCCUCUGCAUGUAGCAUCCCGCAGAGGUCUAGACAAACACGUGGAGCUCUUCCUCUUGUAUGGAGCUGAUGUUUUGGCCACAAACCAGGAAGGAGAGACACCACUGAACGCCGCGUGCUCUGGAGCGGAGAGGCCAUCUGAGGGGGCUCGUUAUCUCAGAGUAGUCCAGAUGUUGUUAGAGGCUGGCGCUGAUCCUCAAACAGCAGGAAGAAAGAAGCACACUCCGCUGCAUAACGCUUGUGCAAACUGCUGCCCCGAGAUCGCUCACAUGCUCAUGCAGAACGGAGCCAAAGCCGAUGUGGAAAACAGCGCUGGAUACACGCCAAUGGACUGUCUCCUGCAGGUGGUGGAAGACUAUCCUGAUCAACACCCUGAGGAGAUUGCACGCUCCCUUCUGAACCAUGGAGCAAAACCCGUUUCACCAAAGAUGCUUAAGCUGUGUGCCCCUUCUCCUGCUACUGUGGAGGUGUUGUUAAACACAUUUACACAGAUUCCAGUUUGUGAAUGGAUGGACUCCCUGCCCACGGAUAUCUAUGAGGAGCACAAGAGUUUUUUUGACCUGGUGAAGGAGCAGACUGGUCAGCCCCGCUCUCUGCAGCACCUCAGUCGCAGUGUGUUACGGUCACAGUUUGGACCCCGGUGCUUGUCUGUGGUCAGUAAACUGGACAUUCCCGGCUCUGUGAAGGACUAUUUGCUGCUGCGCCCUGACAGGACUCUGAGAUAAAAGACAUGAAUCACAGUUAUU